AUGGAAAAUGUACAACGGGCGGGCACCGGGAUAAAUACUGAUCGCAAGACAUUCGCAACACAAAAUAGAGCUGCCAUGUUGGGUGGAAAAUUUUGUUCAGGGCGUGUUGCUCUUCGGGGCCAAUUUUUUGGGCGCUCUUUUUUGUCACACUUCAGACAAUCCGCUAGUUCUAAAUCACAACACAUCGCCGUGAAUUCGCCUGGAUUCGCUCCUUUUUGCCAUCAGCCUUCCACUCUUAAUUUGAACAAAAUUCGUACAAAUCGAUUAUUUUCAAAUAGUCAGUUCGCAGAUCAGAGCUUAUGCGUCAGUUACGCCAACAUGUGUCAUUGUAUUCAUCGAUCGGAUGGAUAUCACCACACACUACAUCGCCAUGCCCGAAUGUCAAACUCAUCAAAUUUCUGGUCAAAUCUUUUGCUUUCAAACAGUUACAGAUCAACAAAUUUACUAGAAAGCAUCCGCCAUUUAAAUUUGAUGAAUCAUAAUACGAAGUUCCCCCGAACCCGCGUUCCCUCAGUCAUUAAACAUCCAAGUCAUAAAUUGUGCCAAAACAUUUGCGAGAGCCGAAUAUCUACUCUAAUUUACGUUAAAGAUACCAGUGUAACUGAUGCAACAUACCUGUAUAGGGACGACACUGAUAAUUUGGUUACCUUCCUUGGCUAUAAUCCAACUCCAAUGUGUUGUACAGUUAAUUUGAAAAUUAUUUGGCGCUCCUUUGGUGUUUAUGAAUUUGGUGCUUAA